CCCACGCCCACCUCGCCUUGACGAAAUUCCGAGCGAGCGAAAUGUUCAGUGUGCGUGUGUGUGCCGCGGCGUGUGUAUGUGUGUGGAGGAGUUAGUGACAGUGGUUUUAACAUUGGACACACAACAUGGCAUCUAAGCAGGGCUACCAGCCGGCACCUACCACCGUCGUUUCAGCAGCUGGAGCAGGUGAAGUGCCACGCAGACCUGGCAUUGUGAGAAGGGGCAUUCAGUUUGGCAGCCUCGUCCUCGGCAUCCCCUGCGUCGCCUGCCUCGCUGUCUUCGGCGCCGUGUGUCUCCUUCUCCCCGGGGUCAUCUGGCUCUCGAUCCUUGAUGAAGACGAUGACGAUCCUGAGGACAUUGUGCCUGGCAUCGUCUUGGUGGCACUCGGAGCAUUCUUCCUCAUCAUGUCGGGAGUGCUGUGCUGCGUCAUCAAAAGAAAAUACAGAGAAUUCCACGACCAGAACUUCGGAAGCCCGGGUCGCGUUCUAGCCAACCCCGGUCAGCAGCCCCCCCAGCCUCAGCCCCUCCCUCCCGCGGCCAUGCACCCUGCCCCUUCAGCCCCCUAUCCCUCGGCCCCCGGCGAAGGGAUGGUCGUGCCAGAUCCCACAGUGCCAGAGGGCCAGAUGUACCCCCAUGUGCCUGUGGAUUAUAACGCCGGAGCUCUACCACCAAAGGGGGGUCUUCCUCCAGAUCAGCCCCCUCCUUAUUCUCCUUAAGGAAUUUUUCUUCGUCUCUCUUCCUCUCUCCUUAUUCUCUGACCCCCCCUUUCUUGGUGAGAGUUUAGUUCCCUCUUCCCUGUCUUCUCUCCUCUGCCUCACGUUUUUCUGGUCGUGAGGUCAGUCCUCCUCUUUCUCUUCUGCUCUUUCCCCCUUCUUUCUUUUCUCCUUUUCUCCUUCCCCUUCCUUCGUUCUUCCCAUAUGUCUCCUUGCCUUAUGACCUCCCAUAUAUGACUUUUUUUUUUUUUUUUUCCUCUUUCUUUGUCUACUUCCUUACAAUAUUUUGUGUUGUUGUAUUCAUGUUUAGGUAUUUGUGAUUGUAUUCCAUAUCAAGAGUUUCUGAAUCUGUUUAAAGAACUGUCUCUUGUUUCUUGAGUGGUACUUAGUAGGUUUAUAUAUUUUCUCUUCGUUCCACUUAUUGCAGAUUCUUUUUGAGAAAUGCGUGGAUCCUUUAACUGAAAGGAUUAUGCUAUUUUGAUUUUGAAUAUUUCCCACAUAUCAUUAGGGUUGUUAAUAUUAUUAUUAAUAUUAUCAUUAUUAUUAUUAUUUAUUAUUAUUAUUAUCAUGACUGGUAUCAUUAUUAAUUCAGUGAUAUCAGAUUUAUUUUCAUAUUUUUAGAAAAAGAAAGAAAUUAAUCAUCAAUGACGUAAUGACAACACUAGCGUCUAAUGUUACUUAUGAGAGUCAUGAACGAUGGUGACGUCAUAUAUAUCUAGAUAUAAUAUAUUUUUAUAUCAUUAACCUGAUGUGAAUAGAUAUAUUAUCUUCAUCUAUAUACUUAUAACACAAAAAAAGAUGAUACAGUGCUGAAAGAUGGAUUUUAAUCUUGUCUGCUGCCAUUUGUUUUUGUAUUAUUAUAUAUUUUAACUCGCAGACGACAAAGUGACGUCAUACAGGAAGUAUUGUAGCGCCAUCUACGUUAUGACGUCAUAGGCUAUGAUGAGGUUCCAAUUAGUAUUAUUGCACUAUUUUUCCCUCAUCGCAUUCCCUUCUUAAGAGUAUCAUAGAUUCUCAUUGUCCUUAUCAAAAUGAUAUUUUACACUUGCUAUUUACCAGACGCAGCACGUAGAUUUUUUAUUUUUAUUUUAGGUUUUAUGGCUUCUCAAAAGGUGCUAUGGAAGAUUUAAAUGUACCUUAAAUGUUUGGCUGUUCCAAGGCUAAACGGUUCGUAGAUUAAGCUUAUUGUAGAGACGAAAUUAAAGUCAGUUUCCCUUGUCUCUUAUCUCAAGUGAAAUUUGUUAGCCAUGUUUUAAGAGAUGUUUCUCUUAAUUUGUUUUGUACUGAUUUAUACAGUAUAUUAAAUACACUUCGCUAUA